AUGUCUAUUGAAGAAAAACACGAUGAAGAUUUUACAAUUUUUCCAAAUAUUCUCGAUGAAAAUUUAUCAUCGAAGAAAAGAAAAGAUUUAUAUCGUUUACCAGAAUGGAUGUCAUCAUUAGCUAAACGAUUUGAUAGUAGACAAUUACAAACAGAAACAACAACUUCUAUUAAUCAAAUUGAUUAUCUCGAUGAAGAUAUUCGAUCAAUAUUAAUUAAUAAUCUUUCUAUUCAAUAUUUAUUUCCUGUUCAAUCACAAGUUAUACCUUAUUUAAUUCAACAAAAUCAAUCACAUUCACCAAUACCAUUAGCUGAUAUUUGUGUAUCAUCACCAACAGGUAGUGGAAAAACUUUAACAUAUGUUAUACCAUUAUUACAAUGUAUUCGUCAUCGUGUUAUACGUGCUAUUCGUAUUAUUAUUCUUUUACCUGUACAAGAUUUAGCUGAACAAGUUUAUCAUGUUGUUAAUCAAAUAGGAAAUAAAUUACAAUUAAAAACAGCUUUACUUGCUGGACAACAAUCAUUUGAAGAUGAACAAAAAAUUUUAGUUAAACAACAAUUGAAUGGAAGUUGGACAUCAUCUAUUGAUAUUAUUGUUUGUACACCUGGUCGUCUUGUUGAACAUAUUAGUCGAACAUCAGGAUUUUCUUUAAUAAAUCUUCGUUAUCUUGUUAUUGAUGAAGCUGAUCGAAUCAUAGAUGAAUUUAAACAAGAUUGGUUAAAUAUUCUUGAUAAUGCUGUUGGUUUAUUGAGUCAUUUAAAAAAUGAUUUUCAACCAUAUAUGCUUAGUCAAUCAUCAUCGAAUCGUAAAACCUAUCAAAAAUUACUUUUUUCAGCAACAUUAACACAUAAUCCUGAAAUUUUACAACAAUUAAAUCUAUUUCGUCCUGUACUUUUUUCAUCAUCAACAUCAAUUAUAAUGCCAUCAACAUUACGUGAAAAUUUUAUUAUUUGUUCAAUAACAUAUAAACCAUUAAUUAUUGCUUAUCUUAUUCAAAAUCAAUUACAUUCUGAACGUAUUAUGAUAUUUGUUCAUUCAAAAAAAGAUGUAGAUCGUUUAAGUUCUUUACUUAAAUUACUUUUACCAGAUAAUAUUAAAGUUAGUCAUAUAUCAAGAAAAUUACCAUCGAAAAAAAUUCAAACACGUUUAAAUAUGUUUGAACAUGGACAAAUUCAAAUUCUUGUUUGUUCAGAUGUUCUUGCACGUGGUAUUGAUAUUCCAAAUAUUGAUUGUGUUAUACUUUAUGAUUUACCAAAAAAUAUUCGUACAUAUACACAUCGUAUUGGUCGUACAGCACGUGCUGGUAAACUUGGUCGAUCAAUAACAAUGGUUGAAAAAGAACGUUUAAUAAUGUUUCGUACAACAAUAAAAACUUAUCGACGAAAUAAACUUAAACCAAUGAAUAUAAGAAAAGAAAAUUUUUCAUUUAUGUUAAAUGAUUAUCAAAAAGCUUUAGAAAUAUUUUCAAGUCAAGAACAAAAGAAAAAAUUAAAACAAAAAAAAUAA